AUGAAGCUCCCUAGGUUCCUGAGUUACUUCAACAAGAGACUGGCUCUGGCCUGCUCAUUGAUCGCCAUCUCUUCCUUCAACUAUGGCUUCGACAACCAAGGAUUCGCGACCACCCAGGCAAUGGAUGCUUUUGAUCGUCGAUUCGGGAAAUUCGAUCCCGACACGCAAGCAUAUUCCCUAGACCCUUCGUGGUUAUCCAUCUUCAACAGCGUCAACUAUGCGGGAUUUGCGGUAGGUGUGUUCAUCGGAAGCACCGUCUCCUCUCGAUUCGGUCGACGAUGGUGCAUGUUCUCCAUGAGCGCAUACGCCUUGAUCACGGCAACAAUCACAGUGACGUCCAAGAACCGGGAGCAGAUCAUGGCUGCGCGCAUUCUGAACUACGUGUACGUUGGCAUGGAGCUGGCUGUUGUUCCUGCGUUUCAGUCCGAGAUCGUCCCGGCCCCCGUUCGAGGUCUCAUCGUCGGAACAUAUCAGCUGAGCAUUAUCCUCGGUGGAUUGAUCAUAAACUGCAUCUGCAGAGGAACGAGUGAAAUCCAAGACGACCGCGCGUGGAGGAUCCCGCUGGGCCUAUUCUACAUCGUCCCGUCGAUCAUCCUGUCUUUGAUCUGGUUCAUCCCCGAGAGUCCUCGAUGGCUACUCCAGCAUGAUCGGGCCGAUGAGGCGAAAGCGAGUCUUCAACGACUGCGCGAGGGAUGCUUCACGCCGCAGGAAAUCGACUCGGAGUUCCAGGAGCUGCAGACUGUUCUAGACCGCGAGGUCGAGCAGGGCAGAUGGACGGAGAUGUUCAAAGGCGUCAAUCUCAAGCGCACGAUGCUCGUCAUCAUGGUCAACUUCUUUCAGCAAGCGACCGGACAAGCGUUCAGUUCGCAGUACGGAACCGUCUACAUCAAGCAGCUGGGGACUAUCAACCCUUUUGACAUGACGGUCGUGACGGCGUGCGUUAAUCUCAUAUCCAUGAUCGCAGCCUUAAGCCUCAGUGAUCGAAUCGGCCGACGACCGAUGCUUCUGACCAGCUCCGCCGUGAUGGCCGCCGGCAUGCUCACCAUGGGAGGACUCGGCAUCCCCGACCCCGUCACCGACCAAUACAAGAAAGCCAUCAUCGGGAUGUACGUGGUCCUGGCCCUGGGAUUCUCGCUGGGCUGGGGACCUCAAGCCUACGUGGUGUCCACCGAGCUGCCCGCGCUGCGACUCCGAGAUAUGACCCUGCAGCUGGGAUUCAUCACCAACGUGGCGAUGAACUUCGUGGUCAAUUUCAUCAUCCCGUACCUUGUGGACGAGGAAUACGCCGGGUUGAACUCGAAGGUUGGGUUUAUUUUCGGGUCGCUCUGCCUGUGUGCGUUCGUUUGUGUGUUCUUCUUCGUUCCCGAGUGUCGUGGUAAAACGCUGGAGCAGAUCGAUGUGAUGUUUGAUGUGGGCGUGCAGUUGAGGAAAUUUGCCGGUACACUCCUAUCACCCUCAGUGACCGAAACUCACCAGGUGAGCUAA